AGUUUUAAGCUUCUAAAGGAUUCAGAGAAAAGCCCUCACCAUGAAUUGGGAGUACUCAAUUUCACAGAAACUUCUUGGAGGAGCUACAUGCAAUUUUCAAAAUGAGUGAAGAGUAUUUCAUUUGAUGUGUGACGGAUUCUUCGGCCUCAUUACUGAACAAUGGGGGAGUCUGGAAUACAGUUCUAUACUUUAACUUUGAAACCUUUAUUAUGAAUCAUGGAGGAAAACAGUUCAUUUCUGAACUCUGAGUACAAUGACAGCACCACUGUUUGGGCCCCGGUGCCCUCAGCUGCCGGCAGACAGCUGGGCACCCUCCCCACCCCACAGACACGCUUCAAGGACCUGACAGGGAUAUUUUUCAUGGUGACCCUGAAUGUUCUGGCACUUCUCGCCAACACUGCUGUUCUGGUCGUUGUCAUAAAAGCUCCUCAUCUCAGGAAAUUCACCUUCGUGUGCCACCUGUGUGCAGUGGACCUGCUGAGUGCCAUCUUGCUCAUGCCACUUGGGAUUGUGUCCAACUCUCCGUACUUUGCCGGCGUUGUGUUCACCUUACUGGAGUGCCAAGUCUACGUCUUCCUCAACGUAAUCCUCAUGGCUGCCUCCAUCUUCACAAUCACAGCCAUCAGUGUGGAGCGUUACUACUACAUCGUCCACCCCAUGCGCUACGAGGUCAAGAUGACGCUGAAGCUAACCGCGGCCGUGAUAGUGAUGGUGUGGGUGGCGUCGGCCGCGCUCAGUUUGUCCACGGUGUUUGGGUGGCCUACAUCAGCCUACGGCUCCACCAGCGCCGCACACUGCGCGCUGCACUGGAGUCACAGCGACCAGAGACGAGUCUUCUAUGCGUUCUUCAGUGUCACCUGUUUCUGCCUGCCUGCUGCUGUGAUAUUUGCUGUCUACUGUAACGUGUACAAAGUGGCCCGCGUGGCCGCCCGCCAGCACGGGCCACUGCCCUUGUGGACAAACAGUCAGUUAAAGCAUCGAUCUGACUCAAUAAACAGCCAGACUACCAUCAUCACGACCCGCAACGCCCCACGCAGGAUUAUCCGGGACCGGCCUUUUGGUGGAGGUAAAGCCGCUCUCACUCUGGUGGUUAUCGUUGGCCAGUUUCUGGUCUGCUGGCUGCCUUACUUUGCCUUUCACCUCCAUCUGACACUCAACGCAACACCCACGAUUCCCGAUGACCUGGAGGGAACAGUCACCUGGCUGGCCUACUCCUCCUUUGCUAUUAACCCGUUCUUUUACGGACUUCUUAACCGGCAGAUCAGGGAGGAACUUUGUAAGCUGAGGCGCUGCUACUCAGCUCGGCCAGUGGAGCUGGCCAUCUCAAGCCACGAGGGCUCGGGCCACGAGAACUUCCUGCAGUUCCUCCACAGGACCAGCUGCACGGUAGACACACGUGCAAGCUUUGCCACUUCCAGUCCUAGAAGCACUCUGGAUCAGACUGCGCAGACUGGAUUCAGGAUACCAGGACAGAUUCCAGAGGAGUUCAGUUAGAUCUACCUCACUGGUGUGCCAGCAGUAGAAGCCUGCAGGACCAACAUGA